CUGCCGCGGCUGGCGUCCAUGGAGCGCAAAUGGAAGAACAUCCACGAGCAGUUCGAGCUGUCGUACAUCACGAGCGUACUGCUGCUGGUCGUCUUCAGGAUGAUUCUGUUCUUCCAUUGGAUGACGUACGUGCACUACCAGGUGCCGGCGAUCUGCUCGCACUUCUACGCCAUGGAUCGCAGCUGGCUGCAGCGGUUUCGCGGCGUGCAGCUGCCGCACAACACUGUCUUCAAGAAGUACACCGCCAACCUGUACCUGGCGUGCGGCCUCUGCAUCGGGGCCGGCUACUACACGCCCAUCGGGGUUUAUGUCAUUCCAGAGCUGCUGUUGACGGCAUUCAUAGGUCUGAUGGGGCUGAUCUUCCUGCUGUACUGCUUCACGACCCUCCUGCGGCUGAUGAUGUACAAGCAGUAUGAGUCGUUCCUGUACCACGGCAAGCUGCGGGAGCUGGAGGAGUACAUGGAGCUGAAGCGGCUGCCCGCCCUGCUGCAGAAGAAGGUGCUGCUGUUCCUCAAGUACGAGUUCAACGGCGGCUACUUCAACGAGCCCCUCAUCCUGAGCACCAUCAACGAGCAGAUGAAGCAGGACAUCAACAUGCACCGCUGCCGCAAGCUGGUCGCAAACGUGCCCGUCUUCGGCGACAUGCCGGUCGCGCUCCUCAACAACAUCGUGUUCAGCUUGACCCGCGUCCUGUACAUGCCGGGCGAGACCGUGGUGCGGAGCGGGGAGCCGCUCACGCGCAUGUAUCUGAUCUGCUCCGGCACAGUCGCCGUGAUGAACUGGGCGGGCAAGGAGAUCGCGCACCUGAAGGACGGCGCGUUCUACGGCGAGGCGGCGCUGGCGGCCUCGACGCGCAGCAGGUCGCGGCGCGUGUCGGCGCUGAAGUAG